AUGUCUCGCUUUUUCUCCUCAACUCUAUCAGCUCCGAGGAUGUCUUCCGUGGUACGAGCAAUUGGUUCAAGUUCCAAGACUUUUACUGCGCCAACCACUCCAACUCUCACACAAACUCGAUCUUUGAAACUCUUCGCCUCCUCAAAACACGCCCUCCGCAGAUCAACCUGCCUAAUAACCGGCGCUUCUCGCGGUAUUGGUCGUGCGAUCGCAGUCGCUUUAGCGCGCGAAGGCGCUGGCUGUCUUCUUGUCGGUCGCGACGAGGCUGCCUUGAAAGAAACUUUCGAGCUUUGCACCUCCGCCCGUGGCUCAGUCGGCCGCAGCCACUUUGUUAUCACCGGCGACAUCAACGACUCGAAUUUCUGGUCUACUCUCGACAAGAACCCUUGCUGGGGACCCGAGAAUGGCAGGCUUGAUGUUCUGGUCAAUGCAGCAGGGAUAACGCACUCGAGUCUCUUGCUGCGAACCACUCAAGCCAAAGUAGACGACAUCCUAAACACAAAUCUGAGUGCUACUAUCCAAGCUUCCAGAUUUGCUGUCAAANAGAUGCUGAAGAACUCUGCAGAGGCCGAGAAGGGUGCUGGGCAUAUCUUGAACAUUUCUUCGUUGCUUGCGACACAUGGCGGUGCUGGAAGUGUGGCCUACGCAGCGUCAAAAGCGGGCAUUCUGGGUCUCACUCGUUCUCUAGCAGCGGAACUGGGUACUCGGGGUAUCAGAGUCAAUGUCAUCUGUCCGGGCUACAUCGAAACGGAUAUGACAGGAGCUAUGCCUUAUACUGCCAGAGAUGCUGCUAUGGCAAGAAUCCCGGCUGGCAGAUUUGGCACUGUCGAUGAGAUUGCAGAUGCCGCGGUAUUCUUGUGUGGGAAUCAGUAUGCGAACAAUACCGUGCUGAAUCUUGACGGCGGAUUGAGUGCCGUUUGA